UUGUGAGCCGAGAAGGUGGUGGUUAGCUACACGCAUCCACCCAUUAUGUUAAGGCUGGGGUCCCGGGGCCGCGCUGGGCUCAGGUAUAUAACGCGAGGGUGUCUCAAGGGAUGCACAACACUUCCCUUCAGGAGACCCUCAAGGAACCAUGAAACUGCUGGUAGUGUUCGCCGUGGCUGGCAUCCUCCUGCUGGAGCUCAGCGACGCCGGGAGCUACGGCAAAGGGCGAGGCGGACGCGGCGGUGGCGGCGGUUUCCGAGGUGGCCAUGGUGGUGGAAACCUAGGCCGACUAACCUACGGCAGCAGGGGCCGCGGCGGUAGAGGUGGCAGAGGCGGCAGAGGCGGAAGGGGCAGAUACGGUGGCGGCAACACAUUAGGCGGCUACGGCGGCGGUUCCAGCGGCGGAUAUGGCGGCGGCGCCAGUAGUGGGUUCGGUGGCGGCUCUAGCGGAGGCUACGGCGGCGGCUCCAGCUUCGGGUUCGGUGGCGGCAACAGCGGUGGCUAUGGCGGCAGCAACAGCGGUGGCUAUGGCGGCGGCAACAGCGGUGGCUAUGGCGGCGGCAACACCGGUGGAUAUGGCGGGGGUUCCAGUGGCGGCCAUGGCGGUUGUUCUAACCGCCGCUUCGGAUGCGGUUCCAGCGGAGGCUAUGGUGGUGGUUCCAGUGGCGGCUUUGGGGGAGGUGUCAGCGGAGGAUACGGCGGUGGUUCCAGCGGCGGCUAUGGUAGCGGUUCCAGCGGCGGCUUUGGCGGGGGAGUGAGUGGAGGCUAUGGUGGUGGUUCCAGUGGAGGCUAUGGUGGUGGUUCCAGUGGCGGCUUUGGGGGCGGUGCCAGCGGCGGCUACGGCGGCGGUUCCAGUGGCGGUUAUGGCGGCGGUGUCAGUGGCGGCUUUGGCGGGGGAGUGAGUGGAGGUUAUGGAGGAGGAGGAGGAGGUGGUAAGGGUUACUCCAGCGGCGGCAGGCGCGGCUCGGGACACACCUACGGGAAAUAAGCCAGUGAACCUGAGACUGCAAAGACACUAGAGUAACCCAGGCAAUGAACCUUCUCCACCACCACCACCACUACCUCCUCUUCCUCCUCCUCCUCCUCCUCUUCCUCCUGCACCAGCAAGAAAUGAGAACCAAAACAAAAAUCCACGCACUGUCACCGCCACCGUCAGUAGAAUAUUAGAGACACACCUAAAUUUAUCUCACAUCCUUUCUUAUACAAGCACCGCACGUCUACACCUACCGCUGCCAUCCCCCCCUCCUCCACCUCCUCCUCCUCCCCCUCCUACUGCUGCUGCUAUUGUUGUUAUUGAGAGCAAAAAGCUGAUUGCCUCGCCGCCCGGGAGUAAUGUCUCGCAAGGCUAAGAAAGGGAAAGGUAGUUCAGAAAGAUGUGUGUGUGUGUGUGUGUGUGUGUGUGUGUGUGUGUGUGUGUGUGUGUGUGUGUGUGUGUGUGUGUGUGUGUGUGUGUGUGUGUGUGUGUGUGUGUGUGU